AUGGACAUUGCGGCAGAAUUUUCCUCGUUCCACGAGCAGGUCACCUCAAAGCUCGUCCAGACCACGCGCACUGUUGGACAGCUCUGUUCAGAAGAUGUCAAUUUCCACCGUUCAUCUAGCAGCGAAUUCGCUGAAUCUCUCGACGAACAAAGCGACCGUCUUCUGUCUCUAACCUCGUCGCUGUUAAAGAUCGCGACCGCCGGUACCGAUGUAAAGCCUCCGGCUUUGCGAGACGAAGACUCUGUUGAGGACAAUUGGGGUGGUGUGGUGGAUGUUAUUGACAGUCUUCUGGAAAAGGCCGACGCCUGCUUGGAUGAGUUUACGGGAAUUAUCAAGAGACUGAGUCCUUCCCAACAAGCGCAGAGUCAGUCGGUCGGAGGCAAGGCUACGCCAUCCAAAUUCCCCAGCGUCUAUAACUACGGAGCUUCCAAGAUCCCGAAACCUCAGUUGCAAUUUGAGCGCGCUCCUGAUAACUCAGAUGUCUCGCCGUUUCGCCCGCUUCUUAAGACAAAGCCGCAUGCGAUUGUACCCUUGGAGGAGUCUCUAAAACUAGUAGAGUCGGACUCACAACCUGCAUUCUAUCCGAACCCGUAUGAAGCGGAGAUUCGAGCUGCAAAGUACCCCUCCUCCACAUAUGUUGCUUCGCCUCCGAUUGACUAUUGUCCGUUCGAGUCGACGAAGGCCACGUGGGUUGACACCCUCGAAGGUGUUUCCGAGAUGCUUGCUGAACUCAAGUCGUCGAAAGAGAUAGCCAUCGAUCUGGAGCAUCAUGACGUCCAUUCGUACCACGGCCUGGUGUCGCUCAUGCAGAUCAGCACGCGAGACAAGGACUGGAUAGUUGACACGCUCAAGCCAUGGAGAGAGGAACUGCAGCAGUUGAAUGAAGUUUUUGCAGACCCGAAUAUUCUAAAAGUGCUCCAUGGCUCGUCCAUGGACAUCAUCUGGUUGCAACGCGACCUGGGUCUCUACGUGGUGGGCAUGUUUGACACCUAUCACGCCGCUGUCGCUCUCGGAUAUCCGAAAAGGAGUCUCAAAUUCCUUCUCCACAAGUUUGUUAAUUUCCAAGCCGACAAGAGGUAUCAGAUGGCGGAUUGGAGAAUUCGUCCGCUGCCGGAGGAGAUGUUCAAUUAUGCCCGAUCAGACACCCACUACCUUCUCUACAUUUACGACCACUUACGGAACCAGCUCCUUGAACGUUCCACGCCCGAGAGCAACCUUGUGGACUACGUGCUUGAGCAGUCUAAGAAUGAGGCCCUCCAGAGAUAUGAACGGCCAGUAUACGAUGCAGCGACAGGCCAGGGACCAGGAGGCUGGUAUGACUGUCUAACCAAAAGUUCCGUACCCCUCAGCAAAGAGCAGUUUGCGGUGUUCAAGGCUGUGCACCAGUGGCGUGAUGAGGUAGCUCGGGAAGAAGACGAAGGCGUACAAUGUGUCUUCCCCAGGCAUGUGCUGUUUAAGAUUGCCCAGACGAUGCCACUGGACAAGGCGACGCUUUUCAGGACGAUCAGUCCUGUGACGACGAUCGUCAGGGACAGGGUAGAUCAUCUCCUAGAGGUCAUCAAGGCCGCCAAGAUCGCAGGGGCGAAUGGUCCUGAGUGGCGCGAUGUGGCCAAGCCGACAAAGACUGCAGUUGCUACAACGCCAGCAGCUCAGAAGGUCGCUUCGGCAAUCGAUCAAGGCCUGCCUACCCCUGCCGAAGAAAAGGAGGCCUUGGUUUCGGCUGGACGAGCUGAAAUUUCGCAGUUCUGGGGCAACGCCCUGAAGCCGCACGAAACUGCAGCUGUUCCAGUGGAAUAUUCCGUGGCCGCUUCUGCAGAAGCUCUGCGCCUUUCCCUUCCUCUACCGCCCAUGCCGAUGACGGUCUCCGAGGCCCGCGAGAAGCUAGGCAAUGCACCAGCGGCCACUCCACAGCCAGCCCCGGCAGCUCCAACGCCUGCAGAAGAGAAGAGCAACGAGAUCUUUACUGUCAAGGAGAUUGCCGGCAGGCGCAAGAGGAAGAUCAGCAAGACGAACGAAGAAGACAAAGAGGACAGCUCGUCAGAAGAAAGCGACGAGUCGUCGGAUGCGGAUUCUUUGGAGGAGAAGAAGCCUUCGAAGAAGUCACGCCGGGAGGCUGUCGCCAAGAAGCCAUCAUCAUCAUCAUCAUCAUCAAAGCAGGAGAAUCAGGAUUCGACACCGUUUGACUAUAGCAAAGCGCCGUCUGUACUACACGCGCCAGCCGAAUCGGCCACGGGUGGACUGCCUAUGAACAAGUCCAAGCAACCAUUUAACCCGUACGCCAAGGCGCUCGACGCACCGACGGGGGUGCGCAAGGCGAAGAAAGACACUGGAGGGAAGAAUUUUACGUUCACAAAUGUAGUAGUAGUUAUAGUGAUUGAUACCCGAUUGUUUACUCCUAAGAGAGACUACUGGCUCCUACCUAGCACAAAGGUUGAGAUAUUAUGCUCAGAUUCUGGCCGAGAAUCUCUAUUAACGGACUUUUUACUCUUUCAGCCCCGUCUGUCCGGUAUCUGUGUUUCCAAACCUGACAGACAGCCAAUGCUUGUAGGGCAUUCGGCAUGGAAGAGGAUGGAUGAUGUCUCUUCCCUUCCUAAACUGCCUGUCUCAUCAUCAUCGUCGUUGGAACUGCUAGGAGCAGGAGUAUCGGGCCAUGUUUUCGCCAUCGACGACCACACCGUCGUCAAGAAAGCCCUGGUAACAGGCGACGACUACACAGAUAGACAGAGCCUUCAAGACCUGUUGAUUGAGCGGAAGAUAUACGAGCGUCUUGGAAGACAGCACCCUCGAAUAUGCCGGUUCUACUAUCCGGUGCAGCGGGGACUCGUGCUAGAGAGGCUGAAGGAGUGUCUCCGGAAACGGCUCCUCGACUUGCAGCAACGCGGCGAGCGACCGUUGUCCCAUCUUGCCCUGAGAUGGUCGAUCCAGGCAGCCGAGGGGCUUGCUUACAUCCACAUGAGAAACGUGCUCCAGGGCGAUAUUGGCUGCCACAACCUCCUCCUGGAUCAUGACGACAACGUGAAGCUGUGCGACUUUGCGGGCUCGUCGAUCGACGGCAGUGAUUCUUACGUGGGCUGUGGCAAAGGGUUUCAACGGCCUCCAGGUGAAAGAGAUGUGGACGAUGACAAAAUCAGUCUUGAUGAUGAGCUGUUUGCUCUAGGAAGUACAAUCUACGAAAUAUGGACAACGAGGAAACCAUUAUCAGGAGAUACCGGAUAA